AUGAUUUUCCUAAAAUAUUGCAAAAAAAGUCCACCAUUCGUCGUCAAUGGCUGUAGUGUAAAUUAGGGUUAAUUUCUACUUAUUCACUACGAGAAUACAGGCGCUACUAGGAUUGCCUCCACGUCUCACGCUAAUCUGGUUUUCGAUAAGAAAAAAAAAAACAUCAUCGGCAACAAUGGCGUAUGAAAGAGGCGACAGGGUAGAAAUUACGAACAAAGAAGAGGGUUUCGCGGGUUCAUACUACAUAGCAAACAUCAUCUCUUCGCUUUCCAAAAAAGAGUACAUAAUCCAGUACAGAACGCUUCUGAACGACGACGGUUUUGCGCCUUUGAGAGAGAUCGUCACCGCCGAUCAAAUCCGGCCGCUUCCGCCGGAGGUUAUGACGACUGAGUUUUCGUUGUUGGAUCUAGUCGAUGCUUACGACAAGGAUGGGUGGUGGGUGGGUAAGGUUAUAAGGAAGACGGGAUCGAAUUACUUGGUGUAUUUUGAGGAUUCAAGAGAAGAAAUUGUUUAUCCGUUGAGUAUGCUAAGGAUUCAUCAAGAAUGGGAUGGCAGGGUUUGGGUUUCUUCCAAAAAAUAAGGUAUUUUUUGUUGUUUCUGUGUUUCAUCUCCUCUGUAAAUAUGAGUUUUCUUGGUGUGUUUUGGAAUGUUUGGUAAUGUGGAUAAAGGAAUGGAGUGUUUGGUUGUUUGAAUGAAUGAAAUAAGUAUUAGAUUAAA